UUAUGCUCUAAUAAAUUUGUUAGUCUCUAAGGUGCCACAAGUACACCCUGAAAUAGAGAUCCAUUAUUAUCUAGUGUAUAUUAUGGCUGUCAUCUGUUCCAUACUACAGGCCGUUACCUUGACUAUGGCAGAUCCCAAUUUGCCUUCAUCUCAUAUGCACAUGCGCUGGGAUCUUUCUGUCAUGGCAAUUAUUAGCCCGUGGAAGCUGGUGUCUAUAUUCUACAGUGAUGACUACAUUAGCUGUACCUACCCUCUGAUAUCACUGAGUCCAGCUGCUUACUAAGCCUCAAAAAGAGAUUAGAGCUUUAUCUGAACAAGUGGCUUCAUGCAGGUUAGGAUAAAAUUAGGAGGGCUAUCAAUCCCCAGGCUUCAGGACAUAACCAAAUGAGCCACUGUGAUCAGGAAAAACUACAAGGAGUCCUUGUGGCACCUUAGAGCAGCUUAUAUGUAAAUAUACAGCACAUGAAAAGAUGGGAGUUGCCUUACCAAGUGGGGGGUCAGUGCUAACGAGGCCAAUUCAAUUAGGGUGGAUGUGGCCACAAUAGUCUAUUACAGUAUAACUAGCCAGGGCAUUGGGCCAUAGUGAGGCUUCUCUGAUGUAGCUUGGGAAGACAGCUGCAGAGACUAGCUGGGCUCUCAGACUGUUGUAGUCCAACCCCUGCUGGAUUCCUGCACAUGUGAGAGGAGGAAUUAAAACUGUGAGAUAAAAUGAGCCAUGUAUUUAUUUCAUGCUUCCCUGUGUGUCCCUUGCUGUGGGAUCUUUAUACCUGGCUUGAAGACCAGUACCUCAUCUUUUGUCCAGGGCUGAUUGAGAGCUGCUGGGAAUGGAAAUUUGUCUUGUUUGUUUGUUUGUUUUUGUUUGUUUGUUUGUUUCACUUUAGGAGAAAUGACUUGCGGAAAAGUGGUGAAAUCUGUUUUCAUACUCUGCCUGAUCCUCAUUCCCAUAUUUAUCUGGAUGAUCGUCUGGAAUGGGCCAGUCCGCUACCUUCCCUACUAUCUUCCUUGCCCAGAAAUCUUCUCCAUGAAACUACAAUAUGCAGAAGAGAAGCCUGUCCAGCUUUUCCCACAGUUAUUUUAUCCUCAGCCCAGAUCACUGGAUCAGAAGCGCCAGGACGUGCUGACUCUCACGCCUUGGCUGGCCCCCAUUGUUUGGGAAGGAAUUUUCAACUCCGAACUCUUGGACAGUGCCUACAAGCCACUGAACCUCACCAUAGGGGUGACAGCCUUUGCCAUUGGCAAGUACACCAAGUUUGUGGGCCCCUUCUUGGAGUCAGCAGAGAAGUUCUUCAUGAAAGGCUAUCGAGUGAACUACUACAUCUUCACCAACAACCCCCAGGUGAUCCCCAGAGUCCAGCUGCAGCCCGACCGGAGCCUCAGCAUUGUCCCCAUCAAAAAAUACUCUCACUGGCAGGAGACUUCCAUGCGCAGGAUGGAGGUGAUAAACAGGCACAUCGCAGAGGUGAGCCAUCAGGAAGUGAACUACCUCUUCUGCCUGGACAUCGACAUGGUGUUUCACAACCCAUGGGGGGUGGAGACUCUGGGUGAGAUGGUAGCAGCCAUACACUCUGGGUACUACAAUGUCCCUCGCAGCCAGUUCCCUUAUGAGAGGAGGAGCUCUUCUGCUGCCUUCAUCCCUGACAGCCAGGGGGACUUCUACUAUGCAGGGGCUGUCUUCGGUGGGCUGGUCAAGCAGGUGUACGAGUUCACCAGGGCCUGCCACAUGACCAUUCUGGCAGACAAAGCCAACGGGAUCAUGGCGACCUGGCAGGAGGAGAGCCACCUCAAUAGGCACUUCUUUUCCCACAAGCCCUCAAAGCUCCUCUCCCCGGAGUACGUGUGGGAUGACACCAAGCCCAAGCCACCUGAGGUGCGCUUGAUACGCUUCUCCACGGUGGAUAAGAACCACAAGGAGAUACGGGACUGAUGUGUCGGGCCCUCUUGGAGGUAUCUAGCCCUCUCUUUUUUUUGCCAUGCAAUCAGGCCCUUGAUCUGCUGCCAGUGCAGGAUGUGUCCCAGUCAAUGUUUGGUUCCCCUCUGUGGAUGGAUUGUGGAGCUGGCACUGGGAAGGGCAGGUGGUUCUUUCAGCUCAAGGAUGGUGUAAGGUACUUGUUGAGAAUGGUGUGAUGAUGCCACAGUGAUGGUGACUCCUUGAGCUACUUGAUUCCUCUUCCCUGUAAAAUUGGGGGGCUGCCAGGGCCUGGACGGUGGCCUUUUGCAAAGCAAUACCAAAGCUUAGAAUCCCUUGUGUGCUGGUUUAAAAGAGAAACACCCAAAUUGUAGUUUGGUCUGAGCCUGGGCAAUAAAACAACAAUCAGCUCUGUCAAACCUCAGGCCUGAAUGGAAAGGUGCUGUUAACUUUCAUAAUGUUUUUCAUGCUCCAGAAGCAAGGCUCAACUCGUAAUUAGCCUGGAGAACUCAUUGCCACAAGUCAUUGUUGAGACCAAGAAUUUAGCAGGAUUCAAAAAAAGAUAAGGAGAAUAUCCACAAUUGUGGUAAAAAAAAUUAAAAGAAUAAACAAGGAAGAAAUAUAAACCCUCAUAGUGCAGGGCAUAAACCAACCUCCAAUGAUUGGGGUCCCACAGGGUUUAUUGCACCUUCCUCUGAAGCAGCUGGUUCCAGCCACUGUCAGAGACAGGAUACUCAACUAGACAGAAAAAUGAUCUUAUCCUGUCUGGCAUUUUCUGUGUUCCUCAUAUCCUGCCCAGUUUUGUAGACCCAAGAGAUCAGAUCAGAUACAGAUCAGGCCAGCAUCUGAAAUGUCUGCAUGCAUAUCUCAACCAAAGCCAACCUCUGAACCUUUUCAAUGGUUCAUAUCUCUCUGUGGAUCAUUCAGUCUUCUCUGAUAAAGAAAAUUUGGCAUUGAGGUGUCCAGGUAGAUCCCACUAUUCAGUCCAAUGCAGCAUUCCUAAGCUCUGUGAAACAAAUUGGCUAGAAGCUGCCGGGUUGCUGGGAGUAAACAGUAACACCUAAUGUGUUUGUAGCAAAUAGGUUAAUUUCACUUUGUCUUAUUAAUGAAAUACUGUAGUGAAAUGGCAAGUUCUGCUCUGGGGCUCCCUGCUGAAUAACCUUGACAUGAUAGUCAGAGGAGGGGGAGUAGAGGUGGAGGUGGGCCGAGGUUACUAUUUGUUUGACAUGAGAAAAAGGAGAAGCUGAUCUGGGUACUGUGGAGCCUCAGAACCCACCUCUUCCUCUGGAACCAGAAGAGAAAUACAAAUUCAGAAAAACAACAAUCACCUGCAAUGGUGGCGGCCUAACUAAGGCCCACCCUGCUGAAGCACCUGUGCCAUAAGCAUCUUUCAAAUAGCUCCUGAGGCACACGACCGAAGAAUAAUGCACGUCUUUGCCAUGCUCAUUUAAUGAGAGCAGGUAGAGAGACCAUGGGGAAGAGCGGAGAUUGCCUGAGCACAGCUCUGCUCCUGCACUGGAAAGCAAGGAGGGGAGGGGGAAGAGGUGACAGGGCUAAGCUGUCUGUUUCCGAGGAAACUGUUCAAAAAAGACUCAUUUGGCAGGAGAGGGAGAGAAAAUGGGGAAGAGGCAGCUGGCUGCUCUUGCCUCAGAUAAUUGCUAAAUGGCAGUGAAUCAAGCGGUCCAUUUCCAAAUGCGAGUGGCUAAUGAGGCUAUUCUAGGCUUAUGUUUGCAGGCUCCGAUUGUCACUCAGGUGUGUCAGUGUGGGCAUUUACCUGCUGCAAUGCAUUUUAGAAAGGCCCUCAGCAUUUCCAUUGUUGUUAUACUUUUUAUGGGCAACACCCCCUCUCCCCUCAGCAAUCAUCACCAGCUGGACACAUUGAACUCUCCUGUGAUGCUUUCUUCAUUAGGGCUUGGAUGCUGAGGUGAGCCUUAGAGAUAUAUUUGGAUCCCCUAUUAAAGUGCUCACCUUGGAGAAUUGUGCUCCUCAUCCCUUCCUCGGGACCAGGAGGCCAAGGGAAAAGCCCCAUCCUAUUUCAAGCCUUAGCCAUAUGCCCCUCCCCCCCAGAUCUCUAGCUAUUAUUUGUUAUUUGUAUUGCAGUCAUGCUUGGAGAUCCCAGCCAAGUUCCAGCUCCCAUUGUGCUGGCUGCUGUACACGUAUGGAUUAAUAGGUUAUCAGGCCAGAAGGUACUAUUGGGCUCAACUAGUCUGAUCUUCUGCAUACAACAGGCCAUUGAAUUUCACCCAGUGAGGCCUAUGUCAAGCCCAUAACUUGUGGUUGAGCUAGAGAGUAUCUCGUAGACAGGGAUCCAGUUUUGGCUUGAAGAUUUAGUGAUGGAGAAUCCACCACUGCCCUAGGUCAGGUGUUUCAUGGGUUGAAUUACCCUCACUGUUAAAAAUGUGUCUUAUUUCCCAUUUGAAUUUGUCCAGUUUCAGCCUCCAGCCAUGGGAUAUCAAUCUGCCUUUGUCUGUCACAUUAAAAUGCUCUUUGCUAUCAGAAA